AUGGCAGCCCCGAAUUCUUGGGAUUUGGCGCUGGAGCUUGAGCUAAACGUAGAGGAGACAAGUCGUGCUGUCGACGAGUGCGACUUCUUGCGUACACCCAGCACUGCUUCGAAAGACGAUUCUAGCAGCACGUCCAGACCAGAUGCUCGAAAGCGGCCCAGCACGUGGUGGGCUGCACUGCUGAAUGCAGCAGGUGAACCUCUGGGUUUUGGGGAAUGUAGUUCUCAGACACCUAGCAUCCAUGUCGUGUCAGCCUGCACCGGCUGUGCUGCUGAAGCAUGGGCGCUGAAGGCCUUGGGAAUCAACUUCACCAUGCUCGCCGCCUCGGAUACGAACAAGAACUACAGAGCCUUCGUUUUGCAAAACUUCGGCAGAAAGUGUCAGCACAUGUACGAUAGCAUGGAGAUGCAGAUGGCAGCUGCAAGUGAUCACGAUUCAAGUCCAUGUCUGAAAUGCAGGGACAUGGGUGUGGAAUGCAUUCAUGAAGCGGCUUCACAAGUUCCUGUGCACCUCAUGGUUGUUGGAAGCCCCUGCGAUCCAUUCUCCGUACAACGUGCAAAGAGAUUUCAUGAAGGCCAGGUGAAAGAGCAUCGAGACUUCUACGUUACUAUGAAGUCCUUGGUCAGCAUGUUCCAGGUCUAUCAGCCACAGGUGGCCAUAGUUGAGCAAGUCAAAGGGUUCUUGCUGCCUCUAUGUGUUGGAUCGAACGAGACGCCUUUCCACAGGCCUGCAGCCACGUCUUGCAUCAGCCAGUUUGGGUUUGGGCGGUUUGGGUGUGCAGUGUGCAGUGUGCCUGUGCCUGUGGGUGUGAGUCUGUGUGAGUGCGAGUGCUUCUUGGUUUUCUUUCGCAAGGACAAGUUCAGCCGUGACCACGUUUCUGGUUACAAGCAGACAGUGCAGGCUCUGCUGGAUUGGGUGGCUGCGAACCAUGAAGAGCUCAAAUCCAGCCAGAAAGGCAAGAAGGUGCAAUGCGUGCAAGAGCUGUGCCAGAAAGCUGUCCUGCCCAGGUUGUGUCCGGGCGCCUUCCCGCAGCCCGCGGCCGGCCAGGGCGCCUUCCCGCCCGCCGCUUGGAACAAUUGGAAGAAAUGGCAGGUUCAAGCUUACCAGCUACGUCGUGAGAUGAAAGCAGGAUGCUGCAAGCCGUGGACGGACAUUCCUGGCUUGAAAUAUGCAGGAAUCGUUCGAUCUGAGCGCAUCGAUGAAGUGCUGAAUCUUGCAGUUCUGGGAUUUCUUGGUGCUCGACGUGUACUCAAGCUCCAGCAGCAGGGCCCAGCUGCUGUGCAAGAAGCUUGCUAUGACCUCUACACGGACGUAUCGCAAAAUCCGAUCCGCAAGUCUUUCACGUCCCCGAAGACUCUGGCUUCUCCAUGUUUUACAACGUCGACUGCCCUUUAUUCUCAUGCUAGAGAUCGCAUUAUACUCCCGAUCGAAGCCAUGCUCAUGCAAGGCCAUGGUCUGGACAUGAAAAUUCCGGACAGCAUGCCCAGGUCUGCUUUGCGUGAUCUUGCAGGCGAAGGCAUAUGCCUCCCUUGCAUAGCAACACUGAUUCAUGCCUUGCAGCACACAGACAGCUUUGCUGUCUAG